AUGCAAUAUUUUCGUGGACAAGGAAUAGAUAAAGAAGAUUUCGAUCGAAUUCAUAUGAACGAAGGAGGACUUUUGUCUAUUUCGAAUUUUCUUUCAUCUAGUUUGAAACGUGAAGUAGGACUUCGAUUUGCUCGUGAUUCUCUUCAUGAUCGAAAGAAAGUCAAUGUACUAAUGGAAAUAACUGUGGACAAUAAUACGGAAGUUCCUUUGGCGAAUAUUACUGAACUUGCUGCCUUUAAAGACGAACAAGAACGGCUCUUUUCUAUGGGAUUCGUAUUUCGUAUUGGUUCAUUCGAAUGUUUGUCGGAUGGUAUAUGGGUUAUACACGUUUGGCAUUAA